GGAGACAGCCUCCCUCACGUGAAAACCGGCGAGGACCCCGCUGACUGCCGUACAGCAUGGCGGCGCUGUGGCGAGGGCGGGCGCGCUGGCGGCUGGAGCUUGGGCUCUGCCGUACGGGGCGGGCCUUGUCGUCAGGGGAGAGUGAGUAUAAUCUCAUAGUCGUUGGCGGAGGAUCGGGUGGCCUCGCUUGUGCAAAAGAAGCGUCCCAAUUUGGGAAAAAAGUCGCCGUGUUAGAUUACGUGGAGCCUUCUCCAAAAGGAACCAAAUGGGGACUUGGCGGUACCUGCGUCAAUGUCGGCUGCAUCCCUAAAAAGCUGAUGCACCAAGCAGCACUUCUGGGAAGCUCUCUUAAAGAUGCCCAGCGUUAUGGCUGGAAUAUAUCCCGUCCUGCGAAUCAUGAUUGGUCCACGAUGGCGAAAGCCGUUCAAAACCAUGUGAAGUCCUUGAACUGGGGGCACAGAGUACAGCUGCAAGACAAAAAAGUGAAGUACUUCAAUUUGAAAGGCAGUUUUUUGGAUGAGAACACCAUUCGUGGGGUGGCCAAAGGAGGCAAAGAGAUUUUGCUCAGAGCAGAAAAUAUCGUCCUUGCUACUGGGGGGAGGCCUAAAUAUCCAACAAGUGUUGCAGGGGCAUGGGAGCAUGGCAUUACGAGUGAUGAUAUCUUCUGGCUGAAAAAAUCACCGGGGAAGACGUUGGUUGUUGGAGCCAGCUAUGUUUCGCUUGAAUGUGCUGGCUUUCUCACAGGCCUUGGACUGGACGCCACCGUCAUGAUGAGGAGCAUUCCACUUCGAGGGUUUGAUCAGCAAAUGGCCAACUUGGUAACAGACUAUAUGGAAGACUACGGGACAAGAUUUCUGAAGAAAUGCAGCCCGACGAAAGUGAAGAAAUCUGACAAUGGCAGACUGCGGGUGACGUGGAAAUACCUCGAUUCGGGCAAAGAAAAGUCGGAUGAGUUCGACACGGUGAUGUGGGCAGUAGGCCGAACCCCUGAUACCAAGCCUCUUAAUUUGGAUGCUACUGGAGUGAAAAUAAACGCAGAGACGGGAAAGAUAAUUGUUGAUGCCAAAGAAGCCACUUCGGUUCCCCACAUUUAUGCAAUCGGAGAUAUAACAGAGGGCCGUCCUGAGCUCACACCUACAGCCAUAGCUGCAGGGAAGCUGCUGGCUCGGCGAUUGUUUGGCCAAUCAAAGGAACUAAUGGAUUAUAUCAGUGUACCAACAACUGUUUUCACGCCUUUAGAAUAUGGCUGUGUGGGUCUCUCGGAAGAAGAAGCUACAAAGCGAUUUGGAUCGGACAAUAUAGAGGUGUACCAUGCAUUUUAUAAGCCCCUCGAAUUUACCGUGGCUGAGAGAGAUGCAACUCAGUGUUACAUAAAAAUGGUGUGCCUCCGGGAGACGGAAGGGCGAAUCCUCGGCCUCCAUUUCCUUGGCCCAAAUGCCGGCGAAGUAAUUCAAGGAUUUGCCCUUGGAAUCAAAUGUGGUGCUACUUAUUCACAAAUGAUGAAGACCGUUGGGAUCCAUCCUACCUGUGCCGAGGAAGUCACCAAGCUGCACAUCACCAAACGCUCGGGUUUGGAUCCAACGGUCACCGGCUGUUGAGGUUAAGCGCCAUCCCUGGAUAGACACCAAAAGAGCACGUGGCAGAAGCAGUCCUAUGGAGAAAAGACAAAGGCUCCAGAUGGUCCCCCAUACAGCAUUUUGGAAUCGGACCCUGCAUCUGGAAAUUCCAAGUUGUCACUGGCUGAUGAGACCCUUUUUUUGUUUUCACACACGUCAAUCCAGAUUAGCUCUGACGGUCCAGAACCAAUGACGAAGUAGUCGGAGAAAUGGGAACGAAGAGGGAUUUGUCUUCUUGCCUGAUGGAUUCUGCCUCGCGCUCUCCAGGGAUGGCUGCCUUGUAACAAUAUCGCCUGGGCUGAUGUUGACUCGAAAGGCCUGAUGGAUGGUUUGGAUUAUUUCCUGUGUGCACAAAAGCUGAAAAAUGCGUACCUUGGAUGCCAGCGAAUGACGGCUUGUGUACGAAACCACAUGUUGGAGUAGACAAGUCUGAUGUUUUGCUGGGUCCUUUUUCAGAAGAAGUGGCCUCGUUGUAUUUCUUGAAAAAUAAAGUGCACAUCCAUAGUG